GAAUGUUUUGAUUCAUACUAAUAAUUUCAUAAGUUUGUAACUGUUAAAAUUUUAAGGUGUAAAUAUACAAAUUAAUUAUAAUGAAAAUAUCAUUAAUUGUCGUCCAGGUUGGAUUAUUCGUUAUUUUAUCAAUAUCAGGUACAUACAAUUUGUUUUUACUAUACUUACUUAUUUGUCGAGACGAGGCAUCCUUGAUAAUACAUGCAUUUUGUUUUUUUUUAUUCAAUUUUCCUAUUAUCUUUUAAACACAGAAGAAAAUAAUAUCGAGUUAGGUACCUAACUAAUACUUAUAAUAAUCUGUAUAAUAAAUAUCUACCGUGUUGUGUACACUCCUGAUUAUAAACUUUGUCUAAUUUAAUAGACAUAGACAAAUAUUAUUAGUCAACUCAAUAAUAAUAUUGUUUUUUUAAUGAAUAUUUUAGUCAUCUUAUCUCAUAUAAUAUUAUUAUAGCCUAUAGAUCCAUUUAUCGGUUCGUAAGAUAGAACGUUUUAUCAACGUAUAAUUAUUAUAAUAUUAUAUAUUUUUAAGUAUUUAAACACGAUACAAAUAUAUCAUAAAUAUUUUUAUUAACGAAAUAUUAUCGUAUUGUUAAACUUAUGCACAUCAUUUUUUCGAAAAUAUUGAUUAAAAACUAACACUAGCGCAAACCGAUUUGAAACAUUGUUGUUGAUCGGGAAUUGGAAACCACCAUCAACGGGACCUGUUAAUUUAUAAUUUACACCGGGUUAGCUAGAAAUUCGCGGCAUUAAAACUCUUCCCUCGGCAAGACUUGAUUUGUAGGAUUUUUUAUUUAUUCCGGCUAAAAUUGAUAAAAAUCAGUAAAGAAACCAUAGUUGACAAAUUAAAGGAAUAGGCAGGUUUAUGGGUUGAGCAAAUCUAAAAUAGUAACUUUGUACCACCUCGUCAUGGUGUUAAAAAAAAACUAAACAGGUUUGCUACAACUCACAAAUCUGAACUGGAUUAAUUUAACGAAUACAAAUAUGUUUUUGUGUAGGUUUUAUAUUCUUAUUUACAAGGUAUUUUCUGGAUGUGGUCAAAUUGGAUAUGGGGGUGAUAUAUCCUCCCAUUACCCUUCUUCUCUCAUAAUUUAUAAUAAUAUUAGGUAUUAUACAGUCCCACGAAGAUAUACCAAUUGAAUAUCUCGGGAGAUAAUAAAAAUAACCAAAUUCUGUUUUUUUUUGAUAUUACUCAUAUGGAAGAGGACUACACAUAUUUAUAUUUUAAUUAAUUUUUUUUAUUAAAAAUAACUUUUUAUUUUAUUAUUUUCGGAAAACUUUCAGCGGCUCAAGAUUAUUUUUCUGAACUUUUUUAUAUAUCACACAUUUAUAUCCGAUGAAUAGUUUCUAAAAAGUUUCUAAACAGCCAUUUUAAAUUUUACUAAUCCGUGUGAAAACCAAUGUUAUCACGGUUGUUAUUCCCUACAUAACAUAAAAAAAUUCAAAUAUAAAUAUUUUUAGUCCUCUUCCCUGUGAGUUAUAUAUAUAAAAAAAAAACAGGAUUUGGUUAUCUUUAUUAUCUCCAGAGAUAUUCAAAGAGUAUAUCUUCGUGGAAAAGAUCAUAAUUGAUUUUAUAAUGAUGUUUUUUUUUUUUCUGUUGACAACUUUUCUACCAAUAAUUUUGCUUUGAUUUACAAUGAUUGCACUUUUUAUAAAACAAAAUCUGACUAGGGAAGUACUUAAGGGAUGCUAUUUUUUGAUUUCCCCAAUAAAUUGGAAAAACCGGAAUAAAAACGGGAAAUAGGUAUAAUAUUAAACAAAUGUUAUUUUAGAAAAUGUAUUUUACCAUAAUGUUACAUAUAUAUUGUUGACAAAGCAACACUAUCAAUCGAACUCAUAUAUAUAAGUGUGUUUCACCAUGUUCGACUGAUAUUUCUAGCUUUGUUAAUAUUAAUAUUACAUUUUUUUUUAUUAUUAUUUUUUUAAUCGGAUGUCUUCGAAGAGGACAUCGAUUUGGGAAAAAUUACAUUUUUAUUUUCAUCUUCUAAACACAAAAAAAAAAACUUUAUUUUUUCACUAUAGACAAUUUUCAAAGUAGCCAUUUUAUAAACAAUUUUAUUUAAACAAUUUUAAUGUAUUAUAAAUAUUCAUAUCUGAUUUAUAGUUUCUUAGUUAAAGCCAUUUUAAUUUUAAGAAAAUAUGCGUAAAACAAUUAAUAUUCAAUAGAAGGUAAAGAAUUACCUUUCUGAUUAUAAUUCUUUAUCACAGCGUGUUAUUUUCUUGAAUAUUAAUUGUUUUCUCGCCUAUUUUCUAAAAAUUAAAAUGGUUAUAACUAAGAAAUUAUUCAUCGGAUAUGAAUGUGUGAUACAUUAAAAUUGUUUAAAUAAAAUUUUUAUAAAAUGGCUAUUUUAAAAAUUGUCUUAAGUGAAUAAAUAAAGUUUUUUUUUCUUGUCUUUAGGAGAUGAAAAUAAAUAUUUAAUUUUUCUUUAAAUCGAUGUCCCCCUCGAUGACAAACCGAUUGAAAAAAAAGAAUCGAAAAAAAUAUAAUAUUAACAGCACAAGAAAAAUCCGUCCAAUACGGUGGACCACAUUAUAUAUAUUAUACAUAAUAAUAUAAAUUAUUUUUAAAAUACGUAUAAUUGUAUAAGAAAAAUGGUGUUAUUAAGUAUUUUUAGUUUUUAUUUGAUUUUAUGUGAAUAUAAUCGUCUUGGCCCCCUUCUCAAAAAUACUUGAACAUUUUACGCAAGGUUCACCAUACAUUGUUAUUAUAACACUAUAUAAAUAUCAUAAGUCCGUUGACACAAAUUUUUUAAUUUUAUUUUAAUAACGUUUAAAUGUAUUCAAGGUCUUACCGGUUUAGGCUUUGUUCAAAAAUUGUAUUAUGGAAUAAUGAAGGAAACGCAAAAUCCUGUUUUGACGUAAUAUUUAUUUAAGUCCCGCUGGUUUUAUUCUUUUUUGGUACCUAGUUUAUGAAUAUUUUAUCUAAUUAAAUGUACUUGCUUAUUUCUAUUCAGAGAUUAAUUGCAGCGAAGAACAAACUACAACUGCAUGUCUCGAAAAAUAUUAUCGUUGUAAUAACGAUAGUGAAUGUUGUUCUGGGAAUUGCUUCCAACCGAUGGGAAACAUAAGAUUUUGUUUUGAGUUAACAAAUAUAAAAUUAAAAACAAAAAAAACUAUAAAAAAAACCAUCAAAAAACCAGUUAAUACGUCAGAAGCCAAUAUCAUUUUCAAAGGUGGGUCAGCCUUUUAUAUACGUUUAUUUUUUUAUAUAUACGUAUAUAUUCGUAUAUAUUUAAUUACAGUGGUGUAGGCAGAGGAAGCUAGUGUAAUGGGAUCACAACCCCCCAGAAAUGUCUGACUUUUUUUUUAAAAUUAUAUACGUUUUAAGAUAUUUGAAAAGUGAGUUGCUUUUAGUGACAUUUCUCCCGAAAAUAAAUACGAUAUUGUGUCUAUUAUACAUAGGUAUACUUAUGUAUAGUAUAUAACAUACAUUAUAUAUUACAGUCAAAUUUUAUAAUAUGCUAUUUUUAUAUAAUGACUAGAUAUUUUAUAAAAUUCCAAAAACCUCUAAGAAAAGUGUCCAUUUUACACUAUAACUAGAAAUUAGAUAAAACUAUAUGGCCGGCGCUAGCAAUAAUUGAUGGUGGGAAAGGUGUGGCAUGUACAAUAUAUAUACAAUAUACACAUAUACAAUAUAUAAUAAAUGUUUGUUUCCCGUUACUUUUAAAUAAAUAUAUAAAUAAAAAAUUUACAUAUAAAAAUAAAAUAAAUGAAUGAAUGAAUGUGUCCGCUAGAGUAUUAUGAUAAGUGUAUUAUAUAACCAGUUUCGAAUUAAAAAUUCAUCAUCAGUCAAAAUGUAAAACACGAAUAAAUAUAAAUAUUCAAUAUUGAGAUUAUACAACGUUGCCAGAAUAUCGCUCUCCGUACCAUUAUGGUAGUUUACCGAUAUGACAGAAACGACAUUAUCCACUGAGAUAUGAUGAUCACCUUCGUCCAAGACGAGAUUACCAAGUUUUCAACUACUAGACAACUCUUUAGACAUUAGGCCUCUCAAACGUAGACAUUAAGCCUCUCAAACGCCGAAGACCAUAUGACUUAGUAUAAGAUUCUUAGACUAAGACCGGGGCCACUCCACUGGGAGUGAGAUUCCACAAAUAUUUAUUUAUUUUGUACACAGAUACAUCACAAGUAUUUAUAUGCAUAUUCGAUAAUGUAUUGUUAAAGAUUUAUUUGAUCGAUAUAAUAAAAACUUUCGGGUGGUUUAAAAAAAAAAAAAACGUAUUGAUAUAAGAUAUUAUUUUUAAAAUCGGUUUGAACAUUUAAAAUAUUAUUAAAAAUAUUUUUCUUUGUUUCAUUAUGUAUAUGUAAUUCUUAUUAAACUGAAUUAAUAUAAAUGUUAUUUGAUUAUAUAAUAAUAUUUGAUUUUUAUUAAAAUAUGAAAUCUGUAAGUAGUUUAAAUUUUGGGAUAAAAUUGUUUCAACAUUUUUAAUCUCUCCUACUAUUAUGUAUUUUUUGUUGAAUAAAAAUUUAGUUUCAAAGUUUAACCAUAUUGUCUUUGAAAGAAUUUUAAUUUUUGGAAGUUUUUUUGCUGUAAUUCGGUUAUAAAUACACGUAAAGACUUAAAACUUGUUAAUAAUACUUAUAUUGGAUUUACCUAAACGUGGUAAAAUUUCUAAAAUCAUAGGACGACUUAUUUUUUUUUAAAUAAGCGUUGUGAAAUUAAAUUUAAACGAAAAUCUUAAAAGAAAUUAAGGCACUUCAAAUUAUAUAUUACCGAACUACGCUUGGAAUUGUCUUUCGUCAAGCAAUGGUUUAUCGUUGGUUAUAGAUACAAUCGUAUAAAUGAAAUACCCUUAUGUAUCCUACCUUCCCAACUUCUCACCUACAACAGUGACCGCUCCCAUCCCUAGUAUCAGCUCUUUUUUUUUUUUUUGUAUUCAGUCCCGUUUUAAAAAUUUACAUUUUGACUGAUAUACCCGUUGAUGAAUUUUUAAUUCGAAACUGGUUUUGUAAUACACUUAUCAUAAUACUCCAGGCAACGCAUAGAUUCAUUUAUUUAUUUUAUUUUUAUGUAUACAUUUAUUAUUUAUAUAUUUAUUUAUUUUAUUUAUUUACGAGUAUUAAACAUUUUAAUAAUUUUGUUUUAUUUUAUUAUUUUUGAAUACUUAUGGCGGCCCCAUUUGGAUCAAACUGAGCCCAAAUUCGGAAAUUAAAUUUGUUUUAUCAGUGGAUUGAAGCGAUAAAUAUAGAGUUGCAUUUUAAUAUAAAUCUAACCCCAUAUUGUGACAGCACGAGGGUGUUUUUUAGCUUUGUCUUCACCAAUAGACUCCACAAAUUAAACCAAGGGUUACAAUUUUCUAUAUGCAGGACGUUAGUAUCAAGGAUGUACUUUUUAAUGGUUUCAACUUUUAACCACCACCCUAUCCAUUUUCGUGCUCAAAUUACAUGUUUUUACAGGAAAUACUGGUAUUUAAAUACCUCUAUAGAUUCAUCGAUGUAAGUAACGGGUUUGUAAUUUUGUAUAAUACACAAAUUUUCAAAAAUAGCAUUGUAUGUACUUUUAGAAAGUUGCAACUUUUAACCCCUGCCCUUAUUAGGUCGUGAAAUCCUAGUUGGUCACAUAAAUAAUGAAAAUUAAAUUCCCCCACUUAAAUAAUAUUUUAUCGGUUACGCUACUGCAUAUCUACGUCCUACCCAUAUUAUAUAAACAUGUAUUUUUUUUAUAUGGUUAUUAGAUGGUCUUGGAUUAUGUUCUUACAAAAAAUCACGAAAUGAUGAAAUUAAUGCGUCGAAGAAUAAUACGUUAAUAGGAACAACGUUAAAUAUAGCCAACUCGAAAUUGCCAUUAAACACUAAACUCACUUUAUCGCGCUAUGACAGAACUAUAGAGGGCACAGUCAACGAUCAAAAUACAAAAGAAAAUGAAACAGUUGUAGAGUUAUCUGAACAAGCGGCGUUAGAUUUAGGUAUUAAACAAGAAGGUAUCGUAUAUUGUCAAGUAAAUUUUUUAUCUGCAGAUGACACAAUGUAUCAGCAGGUGAACGAACAUGAACAACACUGUUUUAUGUCACCGUAUGGAAUUUGUUUUAUUUAUUUGUUCGUAAUAUUUUGUUUAUGGACAUCUGGGUAAACAGUUUUUGAAAAAAAUAAGCUUGAUGGAUUAUGUAAUAUCUAAAAUACAAUAUUUCAUUGACUAACCUAUCCUAGGUAGAUAUUUGAUAUUUUAUUGUGGCG